CCCAAGCGUCGGAAAGAAUCAUUCAGAUGAGACGAGAUUGAAAUGGGGGGAUGCAAAGAGGAGAAGCAAUCAGCCUUCUCCAACACAUGUUGGAAUGGAGGCCCAAAAGGUUCGGUUCGGGUAUCGAUCCAAUUGUUCGAUUGCGAUGCGGGGAAACGUCACCAUUACAUACUAAGAGGCUUUGCCGAGCCCAGUCAUCGCGUUUCUCACAUGCCCAGACGCGACUCAGACAGAGCUGCUUCCGAUGCCAAUGGGAUUCGAUCCAGACAGCCUGAUAGCUGACAGCUUUCAUAUUCCCUUACAUAAGUGCCCAAAACAAGGCCCAAUAUGUCAGAGCCCCAGCGAAUGAUUUGCGCUGCUCCGAUUCCUUCGAAUCGCAGCGCGCGCAAGUCCAAGACUAAUGUGUGGUCAUAAACUAGAUUAAAAGUAGUAUAUGCAUCAGCCUUCCUUCGGUGUGUUUAUCGCUGUAUCGCUGCCAUCCAAUUGGGCCAAGUUGCAGCUCCAUUGGGCAACCUCACCGCUGGGCUGAGGUUGCAAUGAUGCUCUAUUUAGAUUGGCAUUGGUACCUACCCACCUAUGGAGGCUGUAGGCUGGAGAUAGCUAACCGCUUCAGGUAAUGAAGACAACCUAUAUAUUACAGCUUGACAUUUGAUCCCGGUAUA